AUGCUGCGCGAGAGUUGCGAGCUAAACUCGGCCGAAGUGGCUGUCGUCCACUGCGGUGAGAGGGUGCUCCUCAUACAGGAGGCUGAUGAUGUCCCCAUCGCGCGCAAAGUUUCCCGCGAUGUCCAGCACAGUUUCAAGGACCGAGGUCGAGCCUCCUUCCGCGAGGAGUUCGAGCAGAAGUGGCGAAGGCUUCGUGUGGACCCCGGCCCUCCAGAGGGGAGAAUCCACACCCUUCGGCAGAGUGCCGGAAGAGUUCCCAUCAGUGAGUGGCGGCCAUCAGGCACGCCGGGCGCCCUGAGUCCACAGCGCACGCCGCCGGUGCCUCGGCUGUCGCCCCCGAGCAGUAUGGCCCAGAAAGAUGGCACGCCAGCUGCUUCCAGUUCCGCAGGCGGCACUGCCCUGGCCCAGCCAAUGGAGGAUCUCCUCGACCUAAGCGAGGAGCUGAAGGAGCCACCCAGUUCGCAGCGGAGUCGCGUUCCAGACCUUGCGGAAGUUCUGUCGGCCGCCGCAGGCUCCAGCCCUCCGACGCACCGCGAGUUCACUGCCGGCGCCGACCGAGAGGCUGCCAAGAGUGGCAUCCCAGAAGCGCCGCCCUCGCGGGAGAAGCGUGGCUCUACCUUCUGGGACACGGAAAGUGAGGCUCUUCUUUCGCACAUGCCGCGCUUUGAGCAGCUUCUGGAUCAGCAGCCAGACGAGAUUCAGGCCGAACUCAUCUUUGCACCCUAUGAGAUGGAGGAAGAGGAGGAGGCCCAUGUGACUUCCGAUGAGGUGCUUCUCACUUUGGCCGAGAGCUUGCCCAAGUUGGAGGAGUUGGAUCCGCUCGCGCAGGCGGAGGAUGCGAAGGCGAAGCAUGACAGCCAUGCUUCGGAGAUGCCCAAAGCAGGCAGUGGGACGCUCGGCACCUCUCCACGUACAGAUAUGGACGAUGCCAGUCCCGAGACAGUCAUGGCGGACUUGUUGUCGUUCGGGCCCGUCGAGAGCCCCGUGGACGCAGACACGGGCCCCAGGAGUCCAAUGCGGAGUCCACCUAUGCCGCUUCCGAACCUGGAGGCUUCCGACACUUUCCUUGCGGUCUUCGACCCCACGCACAUCGGCACCGGCUUCCUCCAAGAGGACUCGCUGGAGCUGAAUGUUGCACCCAAGCCAGUGCCCGGGUCUCCGGACAUAGGCCAAGCCACAGAUCCAAGGACGCCAGAAUCUGCUGGAAGCCAGCAGAAGCCACACCCUGCCGGUUGA